AUGGGUGAUCGUGAAGUGGUGUGUAUUCAUGUCGGUCAAGCCGGAAUACAAAUGGCCAAUGCAUGUUGGGAAUUAUUCGGCAUGGAACACGGUAUUCGUCCGGAUGGUCUCAUGCUAGAAGGAUUCUUUCCAGCGGAUAAUUCUUUUCGUACGUUCUACUCAGAAACCGGACAUGGGAAAUUUGUUCCACGCACCGUUUUUGUCGAUUUGGAACCCACUGUUGUUGAUGAGGUGCGAACAGGCUAUUAUCGUAUGCUUUACCAUCCGGAAAAUUUGAUCAGCGGCAAAGAGGAUGCGGCAAACAAUUAUGCUCGGGGCUAUUACACAAUCGGAAACGAUCUAUUGGGACUGAUCAUGAAUCAGAUUCGGUUGGUUGUGGAUCAGUGUCAUAUGUUACAAGGUUUUAUCAUAUUCCAUUCACUCGGUGGUGGGACCGGGUCCGGUUUGGCAUCGUUAAUCAUCAAUCAAAUGACACAGGAUUAUCGGAAAAAGACGAAAAUCGAACUGGUUGUCUAUCCAGCGCCACGAUUGGCCAGUUCCGUUGUAGAACCGUACAAUUCCGUUCUGGCCACACACGCUUGUAUUGAAGAUUCUGAAGUAGUCUUUCUCAUGGAUAACGAGGCCGUAUGGGAUAUAUGUCGUCGGAAUUUAGAUAUUCGCCGACCAUCAUUUACGAAUAUCAAUCGAAUCCUGGCCCAAGUUAUCAGUUCAUUGACCGCGGCUUUACGAUUUCACGGCUCAUUGAACGGAGAUCUGACGGAAUUUCAAACAAACCUCGUCCCUUAUCCCCGUAUUCACUUCCCCCUCAUCACAUUCAAUCCGGUUGUGUCGGCCGAGAAAGCCUAUCACGAACAGAACAGUGUGGAUCAGAUUACUCGUGCUUGUUUUGAACCGGCAAACAGUUUUGUUAAAAUUGAUCCACGACAAGGUUUGUAUAUGGCCAUUUGUAUGCUCUAUCGUGGACAGGUUGAUCCGAACUCGGUAAACGCGUCCAUUCAGGGGAUCAAAGCCAGUCGAUCUGUACGCUUUGUGGACUGGUGUCCGACCGGAUUCAAGGUGGAUAUCAAUUCACAACCAAUGCUUGCCGUUCCACGGUCGGAACUGGCCAAAGUGUUACGAUCGUGUUGUAUGCUGGCAAAUAGUACAGCAAUCGGAGCGGCUUUCGCGCGUCUGGAUCGGAAAUUUGAUCUGAUGUAUCACAAACGAGCUUUUGUGCACUGGUAUGUAAGUGAGGGGUUAGAAGAAAACGAGUUCAAAGUGGCCAGGGAAGAUUUGGCGGCGCUGGAACGGGACUACGAGGAAGUUGGAGUGGCAACCAGAUAG